GGGCCCAGUUUGAAAAAGCGCGCUGUCGGGCCGGGAGAGGGAGAGGAUGGUCUCCGCGUGCAAGGCCCGAGGGGCGGGCGAUUAAGGACAAAGAUGGGGAAACGGAGACCCGAGGUCCAGACAAUUAAGUGAUUAAUCCAAGGUAACUCAGUGAGCUGAUACCUCAGUUGAGCCAAGCUCCUGAUUUUCUGUAGAGCUGGCGGGACUCUCAUGUUUCCGAGCGUUGUCCCGAGGCCUGGGUGGCUACUGGAGGGUACUGCAAGAUCAAAGAAGUUUGACCAUGGCCACCCCCAAGAAAAAUGUGACUGCUGGCAUCAUCAUCAUCGGAGAUGAAAUUCUCAAGGGCUACACUCAGGACACAAACACCUAUUUUCUGUGCCGGGCGCUUCGCUCCAUGGGUGUCCGGGUGUCCCGGAUCUCUGUGGUACCAGAUGAAGUGAUGGCCAUCGCAGAGGAAGUGGCUUCCUUCUCCAACCGCUUCACCCAUGUCAUCACCUCUGGUGGCAUUGGACCCACUCACGAUGAUAUCACCUUUGAGGCUGUAGCCCAGGCUUUUGGAGACAAACUCCAGCCCCACCCUCAGUUGGAAGAAGCUGUGAGAGCCCUGGGGGGCACUGGGCAAGAGAAGCUGGUUCAGGUGCCCUCCACUGCCUGUCUCCACUAUGGUACUGAUCCUGAGACUGGGGUCCCCUUCCGAUUCCCCUUGGUUUCUGUCCGGAAUGUCUACCUUUUCCCAGGCAUUCCAGAACUGCAGCAGCGGGUGCUUGGGGGGCUGUCAGAUCUGUUCCGGAAUGAAGGGAUGCAAUUCCACCUUCGUGAGUUAUAUCUGACAGUGGAGGAAUCGUCAGUUGCCUCCAUCCUCACAGAAGCACAGGCACACUUUGGACGCCGGCUUGGCAUUGGCUCCUAUCCAGACUGGAGUAACAACUACUAUCGGGUUAAGCUGACACUGGACUCAGACGAUGAGGCAGCAGUGGAGGAAGCGAAGGCCUACCUGGCUGCUCACCUGCCCCCUGGAGCCCUGGUGCCGUUUAUGCCCAGUGCAGUGGAGCAGGCUGGGGAGGCUGUGUACAAGUUAGCCCAGUCAGGGACUCCUCUGGGGAAGAAGGUAGCAGGGGCCCUGAAGACGGUGGAGGAGGCCCUGUCGAGGUACAGCCUGACCCAGCUCUGUGUGGGCUUCAACGGGGGAAAGGACUGCACUGCCCUCCUACACCUCUUCCACGCUGCUGUACAGAGGAAAUUCCCAGAGUCCAGGGUCCCGCUGAAGAUUCUCUACAUCCGUAGCAUCUCUCCCUUCCCAGAGCUGGAGCAGUUUCUGAAGGAGACAGCCAAGAGGUAUAAGCUGCAAGUCUUACAGGCUGAGGGUGACAUGAAGCAGGCAUUGAGUGAACUUAGGGCACAGAACCCCCAGCUGGAGGCUGUGUUGAUGGGAACAAGGAGAACGGAUCCUUCAUCCCGAAGCCUCAGUCCCCUCAGUCCCACUGACCCAGACUGGCCCCGGUAUAUGCGCAUCAACCCACUACUGGACUGGACGUAUAGAGACAUCUGGGAUUUCCUUCGUCAGCUGUUUGUUCCUUACUGCAUCCUGUAUGACUGGGGCUACACUUCCCUUGGCAGCCGAGAGAAUACAAAGAAGAAUGUGGCCUUGAAGUACCCAGGCCCUGGGGGAUUCCCUGCCUAUCGACCAGCCUACCAGUUGGAGAAUGAAGAUGAAGAACGAAAUUCACGAACCUGACUCUGUGAACUUGCUGUUAGACUGGGGGAUUUUGUUCCUGUCUGUUGCAUCUCCCAAUCCCAGCAGCCCCGCCGUCAGUGCUGACCAAUAAAUGGUGUCUUCUGCUGUG